UUGUGUCACUGUGUUCCAGCCUGGGUGACAGAGCAAGGCCCCUUCCCAUAAAAAGAAAGAAAAAAACUCGCAUCGUGGGUCGGUGGGUCAGAGGCAGUGAGGUCAUCAGGCGGGACAACUUCAGAACCAGGUGGGAGGGGCCCAUUGUGACCUCCCUGGCUGCACCCAGGCCUUUGUGACUGUUGCCUGGGGCAGCCUGGGAGCCAAUGGGUCACCCAGAGCCCUCAGUAAGAGGGUGGCAGGUUGGGCCAGGCCAGAGCCUGGACCUGGGGUCAGGAAGGGGUUGCAGGGAGGGAUGGAGGGGCUGAAAACCUUGGGCCCCUGUGGCCACCCCCACCCCCAGUGUCCCCCAGCCCCAGCCUCCGGCAGCCAUGGAGAAUGCCUGGACCAGCCCUGCCAGGGAUUUGCAGGGUGGCCCUGCCUGGGCCCCAUCUCCUCUGCUCACUCAGUGCAGUCCCAGAGACCUUUCCCAGUCCCAGGGGCAGGGGGCAGGGGGGCCAGAGUGGAGGGUGAGGCUCCUGGGCUCUUUCUGUCCAGCCAGGAGCAGAGAGCGAGAGACCCUGAGGGGCCGAGACAAGGAGACGUGGAGGCAGGGCUUGGGUGGGGCUGGCCCCUGCACCCAGGGUCGAACCAGGGGGCUCCCAGGCAGGGGGAAUCCACUGGUUCAGAGCCCAGACCCUGCCCAUGCCCACCCCUGUCACCAGAGGGAGGGGCCCUGGCCUCUGCAGAGCCGCUGGGCUCUGCAGACCAGUCCUUCCUGCAGCUAGAGCAGGAGAACCACAGCCUGAAAAGGCAGAACCAGGACCUUCGAGAGCAGCUGGGGGCCCUCCUAGGGCCGGGGCAGCAGUUCCUGCCCCUGUGUCCCGAACACUCAAGCUGCACUGCUCUGGCCUGGCCCCCUGACCCAGCUGGCACGCAGCCCUUGGGGAACAGGGCACCUCUGCAGCUGCUGCGGCGGGAGCUGUGCCAGGGGCAAGAGGCUUUCGUGCAGCAGUCCCAGAACGAGCUGCAGCAGAUCCGCCUGUGCUUUGAGAGGAAGAAGAUGGUCAUCACAGAGGUGUGGGACAGCGUGGCUGAGAUGCACAUGGCCCUGAACAACCAGGCCACCGGCCUCCUGAACCUCAAGAAGGACAUCCGGGGCGUGCUGGACCAGAUGGAGGAUAUCCAGCUGGAGAUACUCAGGGAGCGGGCCCAGUGCCGCACUCGAGCCAGGAAGGAGCAGCAGAUGAAAGGGAGGCCAAAGCUGGGAAGCUCCAAGAGCCUGGCAGGCCAGCUCUGGCUGCUGACCCUGAGGCUGCUGUUGGGCACCUUGCUGGUCUGGACUGCUGCCUACGUGUAUGUGGUGAACCCCACGCCCUUCGAGGGGCUGGUGCCGCCCCUGCUGAGCCGUGCCACCGUCUGGAAGCUCCGGGCCCUGCUGGACCCCUUCCUGCGCCUCGAGGUGGACGGCUUCCUGCCCUUCUAGGCCGGAAGCCCAACGGCCCCAGCGAGGAGGCCAGGCGACCAGCACUGCCCCGGAUGCCCAGUGGCCGCACCGGCCCCCUGCACAUAGCACCACUGUGCACCGUCCCUGCCAGGAGCUGCAGAGAAGGGUGGAGGCGGGGUCUGUCCUGAGGGCUGGGCCUGUGGCUGGACAUAGAGUCAUGACAUAUGUGG